AUGCCGGACACGAGCACGGGCGAGGGCUCCAAGGGCGCUGCGGCAAAUGCUGCAUCGUCUUCGUCUGCCACGAGUGCGUCGAUGAAGCGCAGCGCCAGCGCCGCGACGCCCUCUGCGCCCGGAGCUGCGCCCGCUCUGCCAGCUGCCGCUGCGGGCAGCGCAUCGGGCGGACCCAAGGGCAGCCACAACUCGUCGCGCCGGGCCUCGAGUCCUGGCCGCAGACAUGCGCAGGCAGCUUCUCUGCAGGCUGGUCUACAGGCGCCCUCGCAGCAGCCUUCGCACGCGGGGCAGAAGCACGCCGCAGGUGCUCCUGGCACCUCUCCAUCUGGCUCUGCGCCGCCGCAGCGGAGAGGCUCGCAGGGCAUCACCGCCGGCGGCAGCAGCAGCGGCGCGGGCAAUCGGAGAGGCUCGCACGGCGCACGCUCGGCCUCGGGCCGCUCGUCGCAGCAGCAGCGACACGACGGCGCCGGGGAAGUGCCCAGCGGCGCAGGCCAGCGCAGGAACACUGGGCCGACGCAUGGCGGCAGCCAGAAGGGCCGGAGCGAUUCGAUCGCCGAGCCGACAUCUCAUCACGCCGGCACAGCCAGUGCCACUGGGAGUCACUCGUCACCUUCGGCCUACCAUGCAGGGCGCGCGGCGUCCUUGCCAGGGAGUGCUGCUGGCGGCGCCAAUGGCCGAAUGCGGGCGAGCACAGCUGGCUUCCAGCGAGGUGGUGGCGGCGGCGCGAGCAGCGCCUACGGCGGCGGCAUGAGCAACAUGGGUAACUCGUCCGCUGCCGCCGCCGCUGCAUCGCUGGCCGCCGCCAUGGCGCAGAACGGACAGCUGGCGCAGCACCUCGCAGCCGUCGGUGGCUACAUGCGCAACGCCGCCAACUCGCAUACGUCGCCCUCAUCAAGCAUGUCGAACGCACAAAUGCAUCAUUCCGGUGGCUACGCCUCGUCGCCGUACAUGUCGGCAGCCGCAGCCGCAGCUGCGGCGACGCAGAACCUCAGCUACGAGCGGCACACUGCCGAGCUGACGAACUGCAUCAUCGCCUUUCUGAGCCCGAUCCUGCCGACGGAGGAGGAGUACCGCAUCAAGGAGGCCACGCGCCGCCAGCUCGAGCGGCUCGCGGGCAAGGUCAGCCCAGGCGCCAAGCUGCUGGCGUUUGGCAGCAUGGCGAAUGGCUUUGCGCUGCGGAACUCCGACAUGGACCUCUGCUGCCUCAUCGGCAAGGCGGCCGACGGCUCGACGCCGCCCUUCAGCGCGUCUGCGUUGGUCGAAGAGCUUGGUCAACUGAUUCGCGAAGAGACGGACUUCAACGUCAUGCCGCUGCCAAAGGCGCGCAUUCCCAUCAUCAAGAUCAGCCGGCCACCGACCGCCGAGCUGCCGUAUGAGAUCUCGUGCGACAUUGGCUUCGAGAAUCGCCUCGCUCUCGAGAACACUCGAUUGCUGCUUAGCUACGCGAUGGUCGAUCCGCCGCGGUUACGCACGCUUGUCCUCUUCCUCAAGGUGUGGACGAAGAGGCGAAAGCUCAACUCGCCGUACACGGGCACGCUGUCGUCGUACGGCUACACGCUCCUUGCGCUGUUCUUCCUCACGCACGUCAAGCGCCCCGCGGUGCUGCCCAACCUCCAGCGCAUCCCGCCCGCGCGGACGCUGUCGCAGGAAGAGGUGCUGCUCAACGGGCACAACAUCUACUUCUACGACGACGUCGCCACGCUGCGGCAGGAAUGGGCCUCGCAGAACACCGAGAACGUCGGCGAGCUCCUCAUCGACUUCUUCCGCUACUUCAGCAAGGAGUUCACGUACUCGCGCGACGUCAUCAGCCUGCGCACCGAGGGCGGCCUCAUGUCCAAGGACAACGAGACGUGGACAGCAGAGCUCUGCAUCGAGGACCCGUUCCAGCUCGGCUACAAUGUCUCCCGCACCGUCACGAAGGACGGCCUCUACACGAUUCGCGGCGAGUUCAUGCGCGCCGCUCGCAUCCUCACGAGCAAGGCCGACCACGUGGCACGCGCGCUUGCCGAGCUGUGCGAAGAGCGCGAGGACGGUCUCUCCCGUGCGCCCGACUUUCCCUCGCGCUCGCGGGGCGGUAGCGUUCCUGGGCAUUCAGGUGCGGCAGACGCACGCCUCAUGCGCGACCUCUACUACCGCGAGACGCCACGGCGGUACGAUGCGCCCGGCGCCAGCAUGUUUGGCGGCAGCUUCGCUUUCGAGGAGAUGGCGCGCGGCCUUGGGCAGGCGCAGGGCGGCCAGCGCGUGGCCAUGGCACGUCCGACGGCCGCAAUGCUGGCGCCGCUGAGCCAGAACAAUGGCCUCAGCCCGCGUGUCGGCCGCGCCGCUCGUGUCGCUUCGCGCUUCGAGCCGCCUGGGCGCUCGUCGAGGAGCGCGCAGCCGCAGGCUGGCUUCAGCGCCAGGAGCGAAGAUGGGUCGGGAGCAAACGGCUACGAUGCCCACCUCCGGGCCUCGCCGCAAGGCCUGCGGCCGCAUGAGCUGCCCGGGACUUCGACUGCCGAGCACCCGACGAGCCUCGACGCACACCUCGCCGUGCCCGACUCGUCGCAGCCGCUCAAUCGCUCGCUCAGCCUGCAGCACGGCAAGGAAGGCGUCUCGCCGGCGCUGGACAUACCGAAGGGCAAGCAGCGCGUGCAGCUUCCGCUGCGCUCUGAGCCAGGCUCUCCAUCCCUGGGCAGCCCGGCGCCGUACGGCGACUUCGACGCCAUCGCUGCGCUGAACGGCAUGACGCUGGACGUCUCGGGCCGCGCUGGGCCGCGCAGCACCUCGGGCUGCUCCUCGUCGGGCGCUGGCGGACGCGCGUCGCCGCUGCCACCGCUGCCUCCCAGCUCUGACGUGGGUGCCUCGACAUUCCUGGCGAGCCGUCACGCCGGAUGGAGCUUCCUGCAGCCGGCUCUGCGAGCCGGCGGCGGCGCCGGCCGGCCGAGCGACGCGCGCUCGUUCGGCGGAGAGAGUGCCUCGGGCCACUCGUACGCGCCGCUGGAGGACGACGACGAGGGCGGCGAGGUGCACGAUGACUCGAGCAGCAUCAGCGAGGGCACACUCGACGAGCUGGCGCGCGUCUCGGCGCUGCAGGACAUCGACGACCGGCACGACGACGUCGAUGACCGCGCCUCGCCGGCACUGAUGCCGCCGGGUGCGGCGAGCCGCAUCCGCUCGUGGGCCCGCACAUCAAGCGCGCCGCGCGUCGAGGGCUUCGAUGGCGGCAUGGUGCCGCCGUCGCCGGAUCUGGAGCAGCAUCUGGAGGACGUUGAGCCGGAGCUGGAGGACGAUGAGGAGGAGGUCGACGUGCGCAGUGCCCGCGGCCUGGCACACCUGCGCGCCGAGGAGCUGGCCACGCCGACGAAGGCGACGCGCUGA